AUGAAGCUCUCCCAACUGCUGGCGAUUGCAGCCAUAUUGACAGGCGCUCAAGCUGUUGCACCUCUUGUCCAUCUAGGCUAUUCAUCCUACCAAGGAAGAAGUCUCUCGAACGGCAUCACACAAUGGCUGGGUUUGAGAUAUGCUGCUCCGCCUGUUGGCGAUUUGCGGUUUGCUGCUCCUCAAGACCCUUUGCCGGCAGAAGGAGUUCAGGAUGCUAACGCGCAUGGGAAACUGUGCCUGGCUACGGGUGCUUCUGGGCCGACGAACACAACAGAUGAGGAUUGUCUGUUUCUCGAAAUCUUUGCUCCGAGCAAUGCCACGAAAGACUCCAAGCUGCCCGUGUACUUCUUCAUUCAGCAGGGCGGAGGCUUCAAUCAGUUGAGCAAUGCGAAUUACAAUGGCUCGGGUCUGAUCAAAGCAGCCGACUACGAUCUGAUCACCGUCACAUUGAACUACCGCGUCGGACCAUACGGCUUCCUUGCUGGCUCGGAAGUCAUCGAAUCGGGAGGUGUCAAUGCCGGACUCAAGGAUCAACGAAAGGCCCUGGAGUGGGUGCAGAAGUACAUCGAACAUUUCGGCGGUGACCCAUGCAGAGUAACCAUCGGCGGCGCCAGUGCUGGCGCUCAAAGUGUCUGCAUGCAUGUCACGGCAUAUGGUGGUAGAGACGAUGGCCUUUUCCACGCCACUUCGGCCGAGUCGCAGUCGUUCCCACCGUUGAGAACGGUCAAUGAAAGCCAGUAUGCGUACGACAAUCUGGUGAUCCGAGCUGGUUGUGCUUCCGAGGACGAUACACUUGCUUGCCUACGAAACCGUACUUCAGAUGAGCUUCAAGCAGUCAACAACCAGACGGCAUUCCCAGGAGGACAAGCAGCACCGCUGUAUCAAUGGGGACCCGUUCUUGACUUUGACUUCGUCAGCGACUAUACUCUUCGAGCCUAUGCUGAAGGGAAGUACGUCAAAGUACCCGCCAUUUACGGCGAUGCAACAAACGAGGGUACCAAUUUCGUUCCGAACGCCACAGCCACGAUUGGUCAGAGCAACACAUUUCUCAAGAACCAGUUCCCAGAUCUUACGCUUCCGCAGCUGAAGAAGAUCAACGAACUGUACCCAGUCGAGAAUACUCCUUCCUUCAACAACUCAGGCAGAUACUGGCGUCAAGCAUCCGACGUCUACGGCGAGUUACGCUACAACUGCCCUGGAAUUUUCAUCAGCCGCAACUUAGCCAGCGACAAUGUCUCGAACUGGAACUACCGCUGGGAUGUCAUCGAUCCACCAGCCAACGCAUCAGGCGUCGGCGUCGCCCACACCGUCGAAGUAAACGCCAUCUUCGGUCCCGAGAACGUCAACGGCGGAGCUCCCACGUCCUACAAAGGGGGUGGCAUCAACAAUGCCAUUGUGGAUGUCGCUCAGGCUUACUGGACCAGCUUCAUCCGCACGGGAAACCCAAAUACGUUCCGCAAAGCUGGAACGCCGAUGUGGGAACCAUGGCCGAGCGAUGAGGAUAGGAGGUUGGAUUUUCAGACGAAUGCUACGCGGAUGGAGACUGUGGAUGAGGGACAAAGGGAGAGGUGUGAGUAUUUGUUGUCGAUUGGGUUGGAUUUGAAGCAGUAG